AUGUGGUGCCUUUACUUCCUCAGAGCCUCCCAGAUGUCAGCUCUGCCACUGAUAGUGAUGGUGCUGAGUCCUACCCUUGCUUGGGUCAGGGACACCUCAUUGAGUUUCCAGUAUCAAAUAAAGCAUGAGUGUCGUUUCUCCAAUGGGACGGAGCGGGUGCGCUACCUGGAAAGAUACUUCUAUAACCGAGAGGAGUUCGUGCGCUUCGACAGCGACUUGGGCGAGUUCUGGCCAGUGACUGAGCUGGGGCAGCAAAACGCUGAAUCCUGGAAUCGACAAAAGGACACCUUAGAGCAUAAGCGGGCCGCGGUGCGCAGGUUCUGCAAACACAACUACAAGGUCGGGGAGAGCUUCACUGUGCAGCGGCGAGUUGAGCCUAUGGUGACCGUGUUUCCUUCAAAGAUCCCGCACCUGCAGCACCACAACCUCCUGGUCUGUUCUGUGAAUGGUUUCUAUCCGGGUCACAUUGAAGUCAGGUGGUUCCGAAAUGGCCAGGAAGAGAAGGCAGGGCUUGUCUCCACAGGUCUCAUCCGUAAUGGAGACUGGACCUUCCAGACUCUGGUGAUGCUUGAAUCAGUUCCUCAGAGUGGAGACAUCUACAGCUGUCAAGUGGAGCACCCAAGCCUCCAGAGCCCCAUCACAGUAGAAUGGAAGGCAGAGAGUGAAAUUUCACUGAGCAAGAUACUGAGUGGAAUUGGGGGCUUUGUUCUGGGCCUGCUCUUCUUUGCCGUAGGCCUGUUGAUCAACUACGAGAGUCAGAAAGGACAUUCAAGACUUCAGUCAUCAAGACUUCAGUCAUCAAGUAACGUUCUUUAGCCCUGUUUUAGAGUUGUACCAACUUUCCCUAAUACAUAUAGAUGAU